CACCACACAGUCACUUUCUUUAAGCCGUCUUCACAAAACAAAAUUUGGGUCAAACAUCGAGUCGCGGUGGUUGUGAAUGAGGUGGUGUUGUUCUUUUUAAAUUAUUAUGCGAUUUAAGAUGCAAUUAUGGAUUACACUCGUAGGAAGACUUCUGAUUUUAUGUUUUCUUUUUCCACUGUCUGACGAAUUCAACCCUAACCAAUAUUAUUCGUACCAACAUCAACCGUGGUCCAACAACGGUGAAGCCUCUCGAUGGGUGAAGACUUACAGACCUAGAUCAGUAUCGCCAGAAGAAUACCAGCAAUUUCGAAGAUCAAGCCGCGAUGAAGCGGAAUCUGGUCGACAUUUCCGUCCAGAAACGAUAUUUAAAAUUACAGAAACUCUGGGAGCUUUGAACACUGUAGGAAGAUACUUGGUCAACAUGACUAGAAGCGGAGAUGGAGCUAAAGCGUCACAGGAGGUACCAAACGCGCUCUAUACAAUUAGUAAAAAUGUUUUAGGAAGAAAUGUCACGGAUACCAUAGCCCCUCUGGUUCGGGAAGCUUUGCCUUUACCCGAAAUCGAAAAACCAGCAGAAUUAAACGAGAAAAUUGACUACAAAGAGGAUGAUGAUGAUAGCGACGAUGAUUCCAAUACUUGUACAACUCCAGAGGGUACUAAAGGGUAUUGCAAUGACUUAAGUGAUUGCCCUCAGUUGUUAUUGAACUUAGGCAAUUUGCGUCAGUCCCUUUGCUUCAAGAGUUUAUUCGUUCCUGGAGUAUGUUGUCCUCAAAACUCUGUAGAAAAUGCUGAAUCGACUACCUCAAAUAUUAUUAAGCUUACAACCACUCAAGCUCCCAUUACUCCAGCUACUGUUUACUACAACACAGAGAAACCUUCAACGCCUAGACCUAUAACAACAUCGAUAACGUCAUUAGUUUUGGCUCAAACUAAGCCGGUUGUUGUGUCACCAGUAAACUCAUUAAAUGUACCUAGUCUACCACCGAUAGUAAAUAAUUUUGUAAAUCCUGAUGAUUGUGGUCAGCCGGAAUUUGCAAAAUUUAGGGUUGUAGGGGGUGAAGAAGCUUUACCAGGACGCUGGCCUUGGAUGGCAGCUAUAUUCCUUCAUGGAUCCAGAAGAACUGAAUUUUGGUGUGGAGGUUCUUUGAUAACAGCCACUCACAUCUUAACUGCUGCUCAUUGUACGAGAGACUCUAGGCAAAGACCAUUUUCCGCUCGUCAAUUUACAGUCCGUCUGGGUGAUAUAGACUUAAAAAGAGACGAUGAACCUUCAGCCCCUGUCACAUUCAAAGUAACAGAAAUCAGGGCUCACAAGCAAUUCAGUCGUGUAGGGUUCUACAAUGACAUCGCCAUAUUAAAACUGGACAGGCCAGCCAGAAAGUCAAAAUAUAUUAUUCCACUGUGUUUACCUCCUCCAGAAAUAAAAACAGAACAGUUUGCGGGUAAAAGGAGUACUGUGGUUGGAUGGGGUACGACGUUUUAUGGAGGGAAAGAAAGUACCGUUCAAAGACAAGCUAUAUUACCAGUAUGGAGAAACGAGGAUUGUAAUCAAGCAUAUUUCCAACCUAUUACAAGUAACUUUAUUUGUGCUGGCUACUCGGAGGGUGGCACAGAUGCAUGUCAAGGGGAUUCAGGAGGACCUUUGAUGCUUCAUUGGGGCAUUAGAUGGAUACAAGUAGGGGUAGUGUCCUUUGGAAAUAAAUGUGGUGAGCCGGGAUAUCCAGGAGUGUACACUAGGGUUACAGAAUAUUUAGACUGGAUAAAAGAAAAUACUAGGACAUGAAAUGUCUCAGAUAAAAAAAGCCAAGUGCCAAUCAAAUGUAUUUUAUUUCUAUUUAUAUUUUUACCUUCAUAUAAAACUGGAAAACUUGCCUUCCCAAAGUAACAAUAAAAACAUUUCUUAUCAUCCAUUCAUACUCUAUGUAAUAUUAGUCUAGCUUAUUGAAGUGAUAUAAUUUAAAUAUGGUAUUUUUUAGUAUAAUAUGUGAUAUUGUACAUUAUUUUACUGUAUAUUUUUCAAAGAUAGUUAUUUAAUACGAACCUAUAUUUAGAAUAAUUGUUAUUUAAUAUUUUCUUGUUAGUGUAUAGACUACGUUAAUUAAUUUAAUAAACCACAUAGUAUUUUAAAAAUGUAUUACUAUUUACAAAAUAAGCAUUGACACCUAAGACGCCUAAAAUAGUUUAGUAGUAGUAAUUGUAAAAACACAUUUACGAACUAAAUUAGAAGAUAUGGCUUGAAAUUUGAAAAAAUAAACUAUAUACAAGCAUAAUGUAAAAAAGAAUGCACUUUUACUUAAAAGCUAUAAGUAAAUAACUCUUUUAAAUAAAUUACCUACUUUAU